GGAAAGAGAAACCCGCUGUGUGUUUUAUUGUGUUGUUGACGGUAAAAGUAAAGCGUGUUUGAAAGAAGUGAUUUAGUGACAGCCGUUAGUAAGCGUCGAGUGAAAUGGACCGCAGUGAACGGGACUGGACGGCGAAAAGCAAAACCUCAGAGCUCCUCAGAGCUGUAAACCAGAUUUAUGAAGAAGCUAGAAAAGAGGAUUCGACGCAUUCAGAGACCAAUGCUGCAACAGUGGAGAAGACAGUGAAUUUGCUGAAAGAGAAAGCAGAAACAGGAGAUUCACAAGCCACCUUCCUCCUGGGACAGUUACACUAUGAGCAGGGCCACUAUGCUGAAGCAGAACUCAUCUUUGACACAAUUAAAGAAGAAGAUCCUCAAGCUCUCUAUCAGCUCGCUGUCAUAUACUACGACGGUCUUGGAACCAAAGAAGACCUUGGCAGAGCAGUGGAGUACAUGAGAAGAGUUGCAUUCUGGGAUUCGUCUGAAGCGAGCUCCGUCAGAUACGCAGCGCUGUAUAACCUCGGUCAGGCGUAUCUGGAGGGUUUUGGGGUGCAGGCAUCCAGCAGUGAAGCGGAGCGGCUUUGGCUCCUGGCAGCUGAUGAUGGAAACCCGAACGCCAGUGUGAAAGCGCAGUCAGCUCUGGGCAUGUUUUACAGCAGGCCCGAGAGCCUCGACCUCAGAAAGGCGUUCUCCUGGCACUCGCAGGCGUGUGGUAAUGGCAGUCUGGAGUCUCAGGCGGCUCUGGGCCUGAUGUAUCUGUAUGGUCACGGUGUUCAGCAGGACUCCGACUCGGCUCUGUUCUGCUUGAAGGAGGCAGCAGAAAGAGGGAACGUCUACGCUCAGGGUCACCUCACGGCCUGCUACUACCACAGACAGCUGUACUCCAGAGCCGCCGAGCUCGGCCAGAGAGUGUGCGAAUACAAGGACACGGGUGCUAUAGCGCAGCAUACAGGCUGUCUGGAGGAGUACAUCAGGAAGGGCAUCGCUAUAGGCAUGUUUUAUUACGCUCGCUGUCUUCAUCUGGGCAGAGGAACCCAGCAGAACAGAGACAAGGCAAAACAUUACUGCACACAGGCUGUCAGGAUUGAUCCACUCAUCUGUAAAGACCUGCAGAUUGAUGCUGCGCAUGGGAAAAUAUGA